CAGAAACCAAACAGAAGCUCUAUGGGCCCGCGAAGAAAUACUGGGGUGAAAGAGGAAGCUUAUCCACCCACGAAGGCCUAUUGAUGAGGGGACGAAAACUUGUAAUUCCGUCGAGUCUCAGGCCAGAUAUCUUACGGUACCUACAUGAUGGUCACCAAGGCAUAUCCAAGACAGGGGACAAUGCAGCAUCGUCCGUUUGGUGGCCUGGAAUCUCCAAACAAAUUGAAGAGAUGGUUCGCAAUUGUGCCACCUGCGAAAAAUAUCGGAAAGAACGUAUAGAACCGAUGAAGGGAACAGAUUUCACAGAGCGACCGUGGUCCAAACUCGGAGCAGACUUCUUCCAACAUGAAGGCCGACACUACCUGCACAUAAUCGACUACUAUUCGCGCGAUAUCGAAAUAUACUUGGUGAGCAAGAAUGUAACAGCCUGUGAUACAGUAAACAAGAUGAAGAAUGCCUUUAGUCGACAUAGAAUCCCAGAUAUCUUAGUUACCGACAACGGACCACAGUUCGCCUCUGCAGAGUUCAACAAGAUUGCUGCAACAUGGGGAUUCGAUCACAUAACUUCAUCACCUCGGUACGCCCAGUCAAAUGGCGAAUCGGAAUGAGCCGUCGAGACAAUAAAGAACUUUCUGAAGAAGUGCGAUGACGAGUACCUCGCUCUUCUAAGCUACAGAAACACACCGCUUCACAACGGAUAUUUUCCAUCACAGCUAAGUAUGGGUCGCAAACUAAAAACAAGAGUACCGUGCCACCCUGACGAGUUGAAACCUCAACUCCCAGACAAUGAUGUAGUGAGAAAGAGAGAAAGAGAGUACAGAAGAGAAAUGCGGGAAGACUAUGACCGCAGACACAGAGUUGCAGAGGGAGAGGAGUUAGCAGAAGGUGAUCGAGUAUGGAUACCAGACCUAAAGACGGAGGGGACGAUAAUCAGGCCACACGAAACCACACGAUCGGUUGUAAUACAAACACCAAAGUGAUUGCUGAGACGAAACCGUCGACAGGUAAGAAGAGCCUUAGGAAGCCCUCAGCCAACAUACGCUUCUACACAGUACAGGGCCCCUAUACUUCCCGAGAGAUACACGACUCCGGAAGCAAUACAAAGCCAGUCAAGCCCUCUCCCGGUACAACAACCAUCAGUCUCCGAGAAAGAGACCUUCAAUGAAAUGUCUGGACCCACACAAGGAGAUGGGAAUCGAAUACCACAGCCGUGCCCUACGCCAGAGCAGCCAACCCUGAGGCGAUCAGAGAGAGUGCGCCGCAGACCUUGCAGAUACAUUGAAGAAUACUGAUUGACAAUGACUGCUGUUAGUUACCAUUAGAACAAUGUUAGAAUAUUUACUUGUAUAGGUCAAUUUAGAAGUAGACCAUAAGUUACACGUUUGUAUGUUAGGUUACUGUUCAAAUGGAAGAAUUAGUAUUGGGCUACCUGUAGUAGCAGAGGGACUAGGGGGACUGGGGCGAAGUAAGAUGGCGGCCUCCUAGAGCGAUCGGACUACGAUUGUAUGGUAGCACCUUAGAGUAUCUUAGACACAGUAAACGUCUUACUACACUUGUCCCCGCCCUUGGCAUUGUGGAUGCACAUACACUCCUCCUUGGUCUGUUUAGGCAUGCAAGUAAAGUCUUUCAGGGGACCAUUCUGGAUGCAUUAUAUCUUGAGUUAGCAAAGGCUUGCGGCAUACGCACACAUCCAAAGGAUUUUGGAACGUUUUCCAUUAAUGUCAUGAAGAAUCUCCAAAUGCAAGGCAAACCCAACUUGGUUUACAAAUGGUGCCAGUGCCUUCAUGGGGUUAACCGAUCCUUGCAGCUAGAUAGGAUGCCAUUUGGAAUGAUCCAGUACCGCAUUGAGUUUUUCAGUUGUACACAUAUAGCACAGAUAUCUGUGUCCCCUGACUAUAAAAUAUGGCUAGACACAAUGGAGGCAGAGUUUGGUGGUGGGAAGUUUAAGCGCUUGUUUCGUGGCCCUAUGUGGAAUGGCUGUGACAAGAAAGACAUUGGUGAUCCCUCAAAGGCCAAACCCAACAUACCAUGCAGAAGCAAACAAGCCCAACUGAAUGCCAUUGCUAAGAGUGACUUCUCUUCUAAGCCAGAAAUACAGACUGAUGGGACUGAUGUGAAGGAAGCCUUACAAGAGUCAUUAUUAAAAGUAUGGAAUGGUGAUGUUGAUGGAGCACUUGAAACCCUACAGGGACUGUAUGAUGACCGACUCCAUGUAUCGCAAGCUCUUAGUGUCCACAAAUUGUGUGGGAAAGAGUUAAGGGACCCAGUAGUGGCUGUUAACAAUGAGCUCAAUAACAACAUCCUGUUUCUCUAUUAUGGGCUUGCCAAGGCUGUUCAACUCUUCAGAAAGAAAUUUGAUCCCCCCAACACAAAGACUGAGAAGUUGAUGUCACUCAACUGGGAAAUUGUUGAGUUUAACACGCUUUUAGAGCAGGCAACUCGCUUUAGAGAAGUAACAAAAGAAAUGUUGAACUGUCUGGACCCUCUUCUUAGCAUGUCCAAAGAUUUGAAAGAGAGUCUGGAAUCCAACAAGGAAAAAAAGCCUCCCAGGAUGUUGCCAGCUUGUGAAAAAAGGCUGGAGACUAUGAUCAGUUCCUGAAGAACCUCUUAAAAAAAGGCAAUGUGCCACCCACGUCCUAGUGUUCAUGGUAUCUGACGAAUGCAGAGACAAAAAGCCUUAUGCUAUUCCUGUUCAGUAUAUCCCAUACCACACCAUCAGGGAUCGAGAAGUCAGGGACCUCACCAAGCUCAACAAAGUAAAAAUGACCAAAGCUGGGCUUCCUGUUGUUGGUACUUGUACUGAUGGAGAGUUUGAACAGCUUCGAUGUCGGUGCGAGACUAGACCUCUGCAAGUCUGGCAAAAUAGUGCAUGAUUCUCGUGAAAGUGUGGGCAAAAUGAGCAAAAAUACACUCCUCCAGAUGCUUCAGCUACAAGGAGUUGAAUAACAAAAACAUUUAAUAAAACCCAUUUAGUGUCUUUUCUACCACACCUUGCUAAACGUAAGUACCAAUAUCAUACGUACGUCACAAGGCGUGUCUUUUCUACCACACCCUGCUAAACGUAAGUACCAAUAUCAUACGUACGUCACAAGGCGUGUCUUUUCUACCACACCCUGCUAAACGUAAGUACAUAUAUCAUACGUACGUCACAAGGCGCGUCUUUUCUACCACACCCUGCUAAACGUAAGUACAUACAUCAUACGUACGUCACAAGGCGUGUCUUUUCUAGCACACCCUGCUAAACGUAAGUACCAAUAUCAUACGUACGUCACAAGGCGUGUCUUUUCUACCACACCCUGCUAAACGUAAGUACAUAUAUCAUACGUACGUCACAAGGCGUCUUUGUAACACAAACAAACGUAACACAGUACAUGCAUGACAAGCACAUCUGUUUAAAGUUGUCAUUCGAGUCUUUUGUCCGUCCAUCGCCUUAUCAUGAGGUCACAUACCAUAGUAGGAAGUACGCUUCAACCAUUGUCUUGCUGUUGUGACCGCGAAACGCAUUCUUAACUUAUUUCUAACGAAAACAAACACUAUGCACAUGGCUGAGACAUAAGGGAGUGCGCGCCUGAUCAACAAUUGGCCACGAAACUCUGAGUCUAGCCUACGUAUGACUCGCUUCAAACAGAAGUUAGAAAUAAGUAAGAUUUCUCCUUCCCUAAAAAAAUUAUACUCUUUUGCCCUAUAUUGUUUUAUCAAAUAUGAUCAAAUAUUCUAUUUUUCCCCAUUUCUUUGUUUUACUUCUUGUGAUGUUUAAAUGCGUUGUUUGUUAAGAGCUCUCCAAAGACAUAUGCCAUCAAGGGGUCUGCCUCCAUGGAAGAUGUGAAAAUCUUGGCCAGGGCAGAUUCAAGUGCCAUUGCAAUCCGGGAUACGAAGGCAAACACUGUGAAAAAGUUAAGUACCGAUGGUGCGCAGUCAUAGGUAUCAAAUGCAAAAAAAAGGCUGCUAGUAUAUGACGAUCGUUCAAUAAAAAUGAUAACUUGGAGUAGAUUAUUCAUAGGAAUCAUAUGGAAAAAGGGAUAGUAUUUGACGGUCCUUCAAUAAACAAUAGUGUCCCACUUUUGGAGGCCAAAGGGGUGGGGACGCCUUUGGGCCCACUUUAAAGUUUUGGGUAAUAGAGAGGCUUACUGCAGUUUGGUCGGGGGGCUUGGUAUGGACUUUUCAUGGUUUACAAUAUAUUUGUUCUAGAUUUAAAGCAAUUUACUGUAACGCGCAUUUGUUGCCAGGGAUCGACCAUUGCGUCAGUACUCCGUGUAUGAAUGGUGGGACGUGCAUUAAUAAGCUUUUAAUGUAUGUCUGCGAUUGCAUGCCGUAUUAUGGAGGAUACAACUGUGAACACGCCCCGUUCCUUGUCUCAAGGUGCCCAACUAGCACAUCUGGCGACAUAACAUAUCAACCAGAUAAAUGGGAGAAAAUUGCCUUUAGAACCAAUAAAGACAUGUAUGUCGUAGCCAUCUGCGUACACGGGGAUAUGACCAAGACAAAGGAGACAACGUUCGACAUAACCUUUCGAUUACGAUACCCUGAAACAACCACUGUGAUAAGAGAGAAGUCUGGACGGUACACUAUCAGUACGGACUACACACUGAAGUGUCCAAGUCUUGUGCCGUAUUUCAGACUGAUAGCGGGCACGACGUACAUUGCCGAGCUACAGGUGGUUGGUGGUGACAUGACCGUUAACAAGCGCGUUGGGUGCUAUCCUGAUCAGGAGUACGACUGGGGAGACGCCCUGUACCCCGACGAAACGGUUCAUAUCUGGUGGUUUGACGUAUCGGCUAGUGAACAGGUUGAUGCCGGAAUCACAAACCAAAACGAGGGUUCAGUUCCAGUUCUGAAAAUGCAAUUUACUACCGUACAAACUUGAGGGCGCAGAUGUGUUCUUUUCAAGUUUGAUUUAAGUUAUACAAACCUA